AUGGAGACAGAGGCAGAUGGAGACAACUACAACCAAGUCCAGAGCAGAGCCAAAAGCACCACUGCACCAAACUCAAGUCAAUCCCCCAACCCCAAGUCUGCACCAGAGACCAGAGCCACUGUGGACAAUGGAGACUUGUCAGAAACAGCCAAAGGAACUGCAGACAAGAAACACCAGUGCUCUGUUUGUAAAACGAGAUUUGGCUUAAAAGGAGACAAGCGUUACAGGUGUUCUGUCUGUGAGAAAGCAUUUGUGCAAAAGGGUCAUCUCACAGAACACAUGAGAACACAUACAGGAGACAAACCGCACAGCUGUUCUGUCUGUAAGAAAGCAUUUGUGCAAAAGAGUCAUCUCACAGAACACAUGAGAACACAUACAGGAGACAAACCGUACAGCUGUUCUGUCUGUAAGAAAGCAUUUAUUCAAAAGAGUAUUCUCACACAACACAUGAGAACACACACGGGAGACAAACCUUACAACUGUUCUGUCUGUGAGAAAGCAUUUAUUGAAAAGAGUACUCUCACAAAACACAUGAGAACACACACAGGAGACAAACCUUACUGCUGUUCUGUCUGUGAGAAAGCAUUUAUUGAAAAGGGUACUCUCACAAGACACAUGAAAACACACACAGGAGAGAAACCUUUCAGCUGUUCUGUCUGUAAGAACACAUUUAUUCAAAAGAUUCAUCUCACAUACCAUAUGAGAACACACACAGGAGAGAAACCUUACAGCUGUCCUGUCUGUGAGAACACAUUUACUCAAGAGAGUAAUCUUAUAUGCCACAUGAGAACA